AUGUCGUUCCCAUAUCCUACCAUCACAGUUGAAGAGCACUGGCUCUCUCAGUCGGUCAGGGAAUUUUAUGCGGCGAAGAGCACACCAGACCCGUACGAUGAGAAUGGCCUCAUUGGAAGGAUCGUUCCGUCCCUCGUGGACUUCCGGGAGCAGAGGUUCAAGUCCAUGAAUGACCACGGCGUCACCGUACAAGUCGUCAGUCAUGCGCCCAACACGCUUGCUUUGGACCCUGCGACGUGCACCAAGGUGAAUGACCAGCUCGCGGCCUUGAUCCAUGAGAGACCCAGCCGCUUCGCCGGGUUCGCGACUCUCCCCAUGGCGGAGCCGGAGGCUGCAGGCGAGGAACUGCGUCGUUGCGUGCAGGACCUGGGGUUCGUCGGUACGCUGGUGGACAGUAAUUGCGAAGGACGAUUCUAUGACGACGACUUCUUCUGGCCAGUCUUCAAGGCAGCCGAAGAGCUAGAUGUCCCGGUCUACCUCCACCCGAGCGCCAAUGAGCACACCAAGCCCCUCCUGUACGAUGGCAACUACCCUGCUUCCGUGGCCGAGACGUUGAGUCAGUACGGGUGGGGAUGGCACAACGAGACGGCCAUCCACUUCCUGCGCCUGUACGCUGCUGGGGUGUUUGACCGAUUCCCCAGACUUCAACUCAUGCUGGGCCAUCUCGGGGAAAUGGUGCCCUUUAUGCUGGACCGUGUCGACCGUAUCUCGUCCCUCGCGUGGCCGCAGCUGGGCGUUAAGCUGCAGAGGUCUCUCCGUCAGAUCUGGGACGAGAAUGUCUGGGUGACGACGUCGGGCAUGUUCUACCUCCCGCAAAUGGAGCUUGUGUUGAAGCAGUGCAAGCCCGAAAGGAUCAUCUACAGUGUUGAUUACCCCUUCGGACAUAAUGAUGCUGGACUGGAGUUCCUAAAGAUGCUAAAGUCCAAGCAGGUGGUGACGGAUGAAGUGUUGGAGGGCAUUGCAUACAAGAAUGCGGAGAGACUACUCAGAAUCAAAGCGACGGCGGGAUGA